UUCUUUGCUUAACUCAACCUUCUCUUUUAUUUCAUGAAAGUAUGCAAAAGGAGUAUCUAUUUUGGAAAGUCACACCGUUUUAAAUGACAUCACACAUCCCUAUUAUGAAGACGUGACUAUAAACCAUGUGAGACACCUGUCGGACCGUCCAAAUAACCUUUGCUGGUUUAUUCUCUUUAAAUGCAUUACCUAGUGCACCAACUAUCGCGCGAUGUUGCAAUUCUCGCGUGAUCGAGUGAAUUGGAGAAUCCAUCCGCGGCAGAGACGCUCUGCUCUGAAACGCUGGUGGUGGGACAGGCUCCCAGGCGGAAGGCUCAGCAUAGCCACUCCGUUUCGCUUUCGCGACGCUUCUGCCUUUGGUGGAACCGAGGGGUACUGUCCUAGAAGUGUCGUAACUCUGCUUCCCCCAAAAUAUGCAACUGAUCUAUUUUUGCCGCUUGCCGCUUGAAAACCUCGUCAAUUUGGAGUAGAGCGGAUCGUUCAGGCAGGAAAUUAAUUGAUGAAAAGGAAAGUAGAUCCGGCCAAUUUUCAAAAUAAAACACUGUGCAGACUUUGGAUCGCAUUUUACUCUGAACUACCAGCAUUAAGUCACAACCGGCGGCACGGGCACCAAGCCAUCAGGUGAGAGACGGCCUCACCUGAUACUUCACACCAUGGACAACGAGAUGUUUAUCUUGGAGGUGGAAAGUCACACCGUUUUAUAUGACACUAGACAUCCCUUUUAUAAAGACAAUGCCAGAAAAGACAAAGCAUGGGCUGAAAUAGCAGAAAAAAUUGGAGUUGAAGUUGAAGUUUGCAAGACCAAAUGGAAGGCAUUCAGAGAUGCAUUCGUCAAACAUAGAAAGAGGGCACAACACCCCAGUGGGUUGGCUGGUGGAGGAAUCCAAAGGGAAUAUAAAUAUGCAGCAUUAAUGGAUUUUGUUGUGCCCUUCCUCCAGCCAAGAAGAAGCAACCCAAGCCUUGCACCAGCAAACACAGGGGACAGGUCAGAUCCUGGAACGCCACAGUCCAUGUCUGGUUCUGAAUCUGACGAGCGGCCCAGCACACCAGUUAUACAACCUGUACAGCCACUACCAUCCCCUACCCCCUCAGUGUCUGCACCCACAACGUCUGGCAGGACGGAGAGGCCGUCUAGGUCCCGCAGCCCCAGACACCGUCCACAAACAUCAAGAGGUACAUCACGAGUCAAACAGGAGACCGCGCGGAGCCAAAGUGCGAACCCGGACAUUGCAGGACGGCUGAUGUCACUUCUGGAGGAGCCAGUCCCCAAACCGCAAAUGCCAGAUGAAGACCUUGACGAGUGCUACCAUUUUGCUCUGAGCAUCGUGCCAAUGCUGUACAAACUUGAUGAGGAUGGUAGACAGGAAGCAAAAAUAAACAUACUGAGGACUAUUCACAACAUAAGGAAACGCUCCCAACAGACCACUGUCCCCCAGCAACAAACAUAGAAACACAGUCACCCCACACCACCUUCCCCUUACCCCCCCCUAUCCAAACACACACACAUACACACACACACACACACACACACCACUACCUCCCCCCACUUAAGCUGGGUUUAUUUCAUGUUUCAGUGUAUUUGUAUUAAGGUUUCCAGUUUGCUAUUAGUUUUUCUAUUCCAAAAAGUUGAAAGUAUAUUUCUUUAUUUUUUUUUUCGAUAUUAUUUUCUGAGAUUUUAUACAUUAAAAAUUUUCUAUAGAUUUGUGGUCUGUUAUUUGUAAUCUAUGCUACAACUUACCUCAGUUCGAUUGCAGCGCUGUAGUUUCUGGAUUGUCGGGUGAAUUCAGGGCCAAUCAUGGACAUCCAGCUGUUCUGCAUUCAUACCGAAAUACUGAUGAUGCCGUCCCUUGUCCAGUCUCAGCUCAGAGACAAGACUGUAAAAACCACCUUGUUGUCUCCUUUACUGGUUUAGGGGAUGCACCUAGUACUUGUGUAUUCUUCUCGCACCCCUCUCUGCAGUCUUGCAGAUAGGAGAAAAAAAAUGCAGUUUUCCUGUUAAGGUUAAUACUACAUUAUGUAAUUAUUGUAGCUUGAUCAGCAGUUAACAAAAACAGAGCUAUUAAUGUUUUAUCUGUCUUUAAUAUAAGAACAUUGUUUGUACAUUACAGUGCAUCAAA